GACACUGUCUAGGUUCCGGAGUAAAAUGGCGGAGGCGGGGGUGCUGGUUUGUGUGCGUGGUCCCGGCUCCGGGUGCAAGGCGGUACACUGGGCCCCGGCUCGAUGCUUAGUACAGGACGUUAUCCACCGACACUGCCAACAUCUGGAUGUGCCUUUGGAAUGCUUCUUUGUGAAAUGCAGUGGAGCCCUCGUUAACAUCAGUAGCCCAGUACAACAUGGAGCUGUUUAUAGUCUGGAACCUAGACUUCGUGGUGGGAAAGGAGGUUUUGGAUCUAUGCUUCGAGCACUUGGUGCUCAGAUUGAGAAAACAACCAAUCGGGAAGCUUGCCGGGACCUCAGUGGAAGGAGAUUGCGGGAUGUCAAUCAUGAAAAAGCGAUGGCUGAAUGGGUAAAACAACAAGCUGAACGGGAUGCUGAAAAGGAGCAAAGGCGCUUGGAGCGACUGCAGCGGAAGCUCGCAGAACCCAAGCACUGCUUUACCAGCCCUGAAUACCAGCAGCAGUGCCAUGAGAUGGCUGAGCGUCUGGAGGAUUCUGUGCUGAAAGGUAUACAAGCAUCCUCCAGCAAGAUGGUAUCUGCAGAAGUCAGUGAGAAUCGAAAACGGCCUAACAAAUCUCAGACAGACCAAGGAGUCAGUGCAAAGAAAAGGAAAUGUUUUUGGUUAGGCAUGGAAGAACUGGAAACUCCUGGGGGGUCCAGCUCUGAGAGUUCAGAUGAUGAUGGUGAAGAAGCACCUAGUACUUCAGGAAUGAACUUCUCCACUCCAAAAAGCAGCAGGGAUCAUGUUGAGGUAGCAGCUGAAUGCUCCAACAGUGCUCAACAGGCAAGAGAAUUGACCAUAGACUCUGAGUCAUCAGAAAAACAGCAGGGCCCAGAAGAUUCUUGUGUUGAACUGGUAGAGACGUCUGAGGAGAACAGGCAAGAAAAGAUGGUUAGAGGAAAAGGGGAGAUGCUGAAGAGAAAGAAGGCAGAGUAUCAAGAACCCAUAGAAAAGGUAGCAGCUGGGACUGGACUGAAUAAGGAUAAAGAGAGAAAAGAAGUGAUUGAUGGGGAAAGAACUGUCCAGAUGGCUCCUGGAGAAGAUAGGGAAUACAUCCCCCCUGCAAAAGUGGAAGAAAUACCAUCUGAAAACACAGGUCUCAAGGAAGAAGGUCUGGAUUUGCUGGUGUUCAGUUCUGCAGCUGAACUGGAGUUGCUGGGCUUGGAGAAGCUGAAGUAUGCACUGGCAGCCCUGGGCCUGAAGUGUGGAGGCACACUGCAAGAACGCGCAGCCAGGCUCUUCUCUGUCAGAGGCCUGGUGAGGGAGCAGAUUGACCCAGUGUUAUUUGCCAAGCCUUCAAAGGGGAAGAAGAAGUGAAUUCACUAGGACAGAUUGCUAAUGUGCAGCCUCUUAUAUCCUGCCUUCUUUGGACUCCUGACCAAUAUUCCCAUUAAUAUUAAAGGCUCAUUUUUUAAUA